AUGAUCCUGGCGGCCGUGGCCACGCUGGGAACGCUGGGUGAGCAGGAUCGGGAAUGGGAUCGGGAUCGGGGUGGGGAUCACAAUUAUGAUCCUGUUCUGGAUGGCCGGGAUGAUCCUGGCGGCCGUGGCCACGCUGGGAGCGCUGGGAUCAGGAUCGGGAUUGGGAAGGGGAUUGGAAUUGGGAUUGGGUUUGGUGUAGAGAAUGGAGUUGGGAAUGGGAUUGGGGUUGGGAUUGCGACUGGGGUCAGGAUCAUGAUCGGGAACAUGAUUGGGAUCCUGUUUGGGUUGAUCCUGGCUGCCAUGGCCACGCUGGGAGCGCUGGCGUUCCGGAGGGUGGAUUCCAUCUCCGCGGAGAUCAGCUCAGCCCAGGCCUCGUGGGAGCGCAGGAUCCUCUCCCUGCACCAGGAGCUCCAGGCAAGGGGCGGGAGAAGCUCCGGGAACGGCUCCGUGUUCUGGGACACGGCGUCGCUGGGCCGGGAGCUCUCGGAGCUGCAGCGGGAGCUGUCGGAGCUGCGGGAGACGCUCCAGGCGCAGGAAUUCCAGCUGGAGCAAACCGCCUACAGCCAGGCCCGCCUGGCCAGUGCCGGCUCCGACCUCUCCAUGGGGCUGGAAAUCUGCUCCGGUUCCCUGAGGAGCAUCGGCCGGAGCCUGGAGCGGCUGCGGGAUUGGGCUGGGGAGUGCCAGGGCGGCACCGCCCGCCUGCGGAAUUCCCUGCGGGAUCUGGCCUGGCGGGAAUCCCAGCUUGGAGCAGCGGUGGAGCUGCUGAAUUCCAGCCUGGCGCAGAACUCCUGGCGUCUCCGUGAGCUCCAGGAGGACGCGGCCGAGGAGGCGCCGGCGCUGCGGGCGGCGUCGGCCGCGGGGCAGAGCCUGACGCGGCUCCUCGGGACGCUCCGCGCGGAUUCAUCCCGGAGCGCGGAUCAGCUCCGGAGCUUCCAGGCGGGGCUGGGCCCGGCCACGCGGGAAACCUCCCGGAAUUCCGAGGGGCUGCGGGAGCUGGCGGCGCGUCUGCUGGCGCCGCAGCUGCGGCUGGACGGGGCCGCGGCGCGGCUGGAGGAGCAGCGGGACGGCGCGCAGGAGCUGCGGCGGCGCCGCGCCCGCGGGCACCAGCGCGGGCAGGAGCGGCUGCGGGAGCUGCGAUCCCGGCUGGAGUCGCUGCGGGAGGAGCUGCGGAGCGUCGAGGCCGGCGCGGGGGAGCACGUGCGCGCCACGCUGCGCUUCCUCGAGGCCGCGCGCGAUUCCUGCGGGCGGGAGCUGCGCGGGCACGGCCGGGAGCUGCGGGAGAUGAGCAGGGACGCGGCGGCGAGCCGGGCGGGAACGGAGGAGCCGCGGGAGCGAUCCGGGAUCCUGGGAAUGCGGCUGGAGCUGGGCGUGAGGAACCUGAGCCUGGCCGUGCAGGAGAUGAGGGCGGUGGAUGCGCGGCACGGGGAGAUGCUGCGGAACGCCAGCCAGAUCCGAGGCGUUCCGGGGCUGCCGGGGCCGCGCGGCCCCGAGGGCGACACCGGGCCCGGGGGCGCUCCGGGAGCUGCGGGCCCCGGGGGCGGCCGCGGGGAUUGGGGAGCGCCGGGAGCGCCGCCGGGAGCGCCGCCGGGAGCGCCGCCGGGAGCGCCGGGAGCGCCGGGAACGCGCGGAGAACCGGGCCCGAGCGGAGCGCCAGGGAGCCCCGGGCCCAAGGGCGCCAAGGGCGGGAUGGGCCUGCCCGGAGCCCGCGGGGAACCGGGGACACCGGGCGGGAGCGGAGCCCCGGGAGCCCAGGGGGCACCGGGGACAGAGGGACAGCCCGGGGCCCGCGGGGAGACCGGGACAGCCGGGGAACCGGGGACAGCGGGGCAGCCCGGGGAGAGGGGAGAGCCGGGAAUACCGGGACUGCCGGGACCGCCCGGGCCACCGGGACCGCCCGGACCGCCGGGACCGGACACGGGGACAGCGGGGCAGCCCGGGGAGAGCCGGGAAUACCGGGACUGCCGGGACCACCAGGACCAUGACUGGGGACAGGGACACAGGGACAGCGGGGGAGCCCGGGGAGACGGGAAUACCGGGAUUGCCGGGACCGCCCGGGCCAGCGGGACCGCCGGGGCCAGCGGGACCAUGACUGGGACAGGGACAGCGGGGGAGCCCGGGGAGAGCCGGGAAUACCGGGACUGCCGGGACCGCCCGGACCACCGGGACCGUGACUGGGACAGGGACACGGGGACAGGAGAGCCCGGGGAGAGGGGAGAGCCGGGAAUACCGGGGACACCGGGACCGCCCGGACCAUGA